AUGGGCAAGGUUCUUCUCGUUCUAUACGACGGUGGCCAGCACGCCGAAGAUGUUCCGGAGCUUCUUGGCACCACCGAAAAUGAGCUUGGUCUCCGCAAGUGGCUCGAGGAUCAGGGCCACACUCUUGUGACCACCUCUGAUAAGGAGGGUGAGGACUCUACCUUUGAUAGGGAGCUCGUUGACGCCGAAGUCAUCAUCACCACUCCCUUCCACCCCGGUUACUUGACCGCCGAGCGCCUCGCCAAGGCCAAGAACCUCAAGAUUGCCAUCACCGCGGGCGUCGGCUCCGACCAUGUCGACCUCAACUUCGCCAACAAGACCAACGGCGGUAUCACCGUCGUCGAGGUGACCGGCUCUAACGUCGUCUCCGUCGCCGAGCACGUCAUCAUGACUAUCCUCGUCCUCGUCCGCAACUUCGUCCCCGCCCACGAGAUCAUCGAGCGCGGCGACUGGAACGUCGCCGAGGCCGCCAAGAACGAAUUCGAUCUUGAGGGCAAGGUUGUCGGUACUGUUGGUGCUGGCCGCAUCGGCGAGCGUGUCCUUCGCAGGCUCAAGCCCUUCGACUGCAAGGAGCUCCUCUACUAUGAUUACCAGGGUCUCUCUGCCGAGACGGAGAAGGAGAUUGGCUGCCGUCGCGUGGCGUCGGUCGAGGAGCUCGUCUCUCAGUGUGACGUUGUCACCAUUAACUGCCCUCUCCAUGAGAGCACCCUGGGCCUGUUCAACAAGGACCUCAUUGCCAAGAUGAAGCCUGGUUCCUGGCUCGUCAACACCGCUCGUGGUGCUAUCGUUGUUAAGGAGGACGUUGCCGCUGCGCUCAAGAGCGGUCACCUCCGCGGCUAUGGUGGUGACGUGUGGUUCCCUCAGCCCGCGCCCAAGGACCAUCCCCUCCGCUACGCCAAGAACCCCUUCGGCGGUGGCAAUGCCAUGGUUCCCCACGUCUCCGGUACCUCGAUCGACGCUCAGCAGCGCUACGCUGCCGGUGUCAAGAGCAUCCUCGACAGCUACUUCUCUGGUCGCCACGAUUACAGGCCCCAGGACUUGAUUGUCCACCAAGGUGACUACGCUACUCGGGCGUACGGUGAGAGGAACAAGAAAUAA